AUGAAUAAAUUUAUAAGGAAAAACUCUUUAAAUUAAUAAUCGUUGAAAGAAUAAGAAACAAAAAGGUUGAAACAGUUCAUUCUAUAAAUUGAAUAACAGCCAUCCUUAUAUGACUCAUUGACAGAGGAAUAAAUUUUUGGGAUUUUGUGUAUUAUUCUUACUAAAUCAUCCUAUCACAGAACUUAAUCAGAAAUAGAAAUCCUCAAAAAAGCAACCAAACAUAUUGUUUAUUUUCAGAAAUUAUUAGAAAAAGAUUAAGGAGUUUUACUGUGGGAAAGGUGUCUCAGAAAGAUGAGUUAUACUUAUUUAUCGUAUGGUUAGACAUUAUUUCAUGAAGGGGAUGUUGGAACAACAUUUUAUAUAAUAUUACAAGGAAGAGUCAGUAUACACAAAAGAAUUUUAGUUUAAGAUGAUUUUUAAGAUAAGGAAUUAAUAUAGUUAUAAGAUGGGUAAGCUUUUGGAGAAUUAGCUUUAGAGAAUAAUGAGCCAAGAUCAGCUUCUGUCAAAGCAAUCCUUCCAACUCAUUUGGCAGUGUUAGAAGCUGAAGAUUAUAUGGUAAUUAAGAAAACAGUGAUUAAUUAAUAAAGACAAAUGUACUUUGAAGAAUUUGCAAAAUUAACUAUUUUCAAAAGUUGGAAAUUUAUGAGCAUAAAAUCAUUAUUUGAUGUAAUAAAAUAAAAUAAAUACGGGCUUAAUCAUAUAAUUUAUAAAGAAGGAGACCCUUCAAACGAUGUUUAUUUUAUUUCAACUGGAUAAUUUAAAGUGAUUAAAACUCUUCGUAUAAAAAAGAAAGUCUAAGAUAAUUAAAUUGAAGAUGAUUUAGAGCUCCUUAAAGAUUAUUUUGCUUAUACAAAACCAGUUCUAUCGAAUUAGGACAAAAUAGAUAUGCUUUAUUAAAAAAAGAAAUAUGGAAACUUGAUUGCAGGAGAUAAAAAAUCAAUCAUGACGUUAAAGUUUGUUGGGGCUGGAGAAAUGUUUGGGGAACUUGAAAUCUUAAAGUCGAAUGACCUUUGUCGCCAAUUUAGUUAUGUUUCCACUUUUGAAAGUAAUACUGUAUAUUCAGUUUCAAAAAGAGAUUUUUUAAGAGUUCUACAAAAUGAUUAGCCUCUUUAUGAAAGUUUAAAUGUUUUGAAUGACGAUAAAUUAAAGUAAGCACUUGGACAGAUUAAAGCAUAUGAGAAAAACUUUAUUGAUUAAACUGAAAAAUAAAAUAUCCUUUAAAGAACCUAAAUAAAAGAAUAACUCAAUCCUAAACUCUUAACUGAUGACGACAUCGAAAAGAAUGUACUCGUGAAAAACUAAAGUUUAUUAUGUAAAAUUAGCAGCAAAAAAAAAUCUAUAGAUAAAAAAAUAAGAGAGCUAACCUUGACUCUUGAGCCUCCUAAAAAUGAAUCUGAUUCUACCACUUUACUUUCUCAACUCUAUCUUUCUGAAAGACAUAGAAGAUAAAAGACUGAACAACAAAUUGUUUUAAUCUCAAAAAAAACACCUUUAAUGAAAAAAAGAUCAUUUGAAACUAGAAUUAAAUGUGUAAAUACUACCUAACCUUAGGACAUACCAAAAUUAAAUGUCUUUAUAUGCACAGUUAUUACUAAAUUGUUUAAAAAUUAAUAAUUAAAAACAGAAAAAACUGAAGAGGACUUAUUAAAUUAUAAAUUAUAAAAGUCUAACUAUAAUGAAAUAAAGAAGAACCUUGAAAUUCUCUCAGAUAGCCCAAGAUUAAUUUAAAAAAAGACUGGAAGUGAAAGCACUCUAAGCAAAAGAAUUCAUUCCACAACAUCAAGAUAAUAGACUAGUCCAGUUACAUCAAGAUUCAAACAGAUUGAUAAAAUUACUCCAAUUUCAUUUAAGACUUAGCUUCCAUUUGUUCUAUAAAAUAAAUACUUUGGUUUAACAUCUAAAGAACAAUGA